GCCUCUCUUUUCUCACAAAAGGUGAAUAGCUAAAAUAAGACUUUCCUAAACAUUCUGCUAACUAGCACACACGGUCGGAGGGAGGUGAUCAGCAGCAGCUAGGAGAAAGGCAGCCAUUGAUAGUUGAGGGACCACACUACAGGCAGACGGUUGUGAUGGAUGAAGUAGAUAGCACCACGUGCACUCCGGACAAUACUACUCCUCGGGGGUCAGGGGUCAGUGAGGUCAAUAGUCUAACGGACCUGGCUGAAGUGGCCACACCCCCUCUCGUCCUAUUAUCGUCACGUGUGCGAUCACCUGGAGCCCUCGCUUCAUGUGUCAACCCUGGUGUGGUGGUCGUCAAGUACAACUACGAGUCGACAACACUGACAAAACUAAUGCAGCUGAUAGGGUCAAAGUUGAAAGGUCGGAGGGCAUUAAGCAUGGCGUUCCUAAUGCAUGGCGAACCAGGGUCCUUCAAAAUAUGCUCCCAAAAGGUGGUAUCCGUGGAAACACUCCGUGAGGAUAGCGAACUUCAGUCAUUUUUCCGAAACCUUGUCUCCACAUAUCUCAACAUUGAAAGUCAGUACGUACGAAUUGACCUUUUGUUGAACCCUGUCGGCCAGAAUGCCCCCGGGAUACAACUACUGGGCAAGCUCAAGGAAUGUCUCGGCCUUCCUGUGUUUGCAUCACAUGACAUAUUGGGGGCGUGUCUCUCUGAGAGCGGAGGAAUGGAGGGCAAAAGCUCAGUUCGUAUUGGGACACUGUACUUUGAUGCUGAGCGUCUAAAGGAGGUGUGGUCUAAUCAAGCCCCGCCCUCCAUGGCUCUGUUUGAGAAGAUCAAGAUAGUUGGCAAGGGAGCGUACGGGACUGCAGUCUUGUACCGGAAGAAGGAUGACGAUUCUCUGGUCAUCUUAAAAGAGAUUAAUCUCCUGGAGCUAAGUAAAGCGGAGAGAACACUAGCUCUGAACGAGGUGCAGAUCCUCUCCAUGCUCGACCAUCCCAACAUCAUCUCCUACUACGAUAGCUUCGAGGAAGAUGGAGUACUCAUGAUUGAGAUGGAGUAUGCGGACGGAGGGAAUUUGGCGCAGUUUCUACGACAAAAGACAAAGCCACUUCCAGAACAAGAAGUAUUGAGCACAUUCGCUGAAAUGGUGGAUGCUAUGAAAUACCUGCACGACCACAAGAUUCUUCAUCGGGAUCUUAAAACUGCGAAUGUGUUCCUCACGAAAGAGGGGCGUGUCAAGCUGGGUGAUUUCGGUAUCUCCAAGGUUCUCUCAGCGACCAAUCAGGAGGCCAACACGGUCCUGGGCACACCUUAUUACAUAUCCCCUGAGAUUUGUGAGGGAAAAGGCUACAAUGCCAAGAGUGACGUGUGGGCGUUGGGUUGCAUACUGUACGAGAUGGUGUGUCUGCAGAAAGCCUUCGAGGGAACCAACCUACCAGCUGUCAUACAUAAGAUCGUACAGGUGACCUUUGAACCUGUCAAGGGAGACUACUCCGAGGCAUUCAAGCAAUUGAUUAUAGACAUGCUACAGAAGAACCCUGAGAGUCGACCUAGUGCCUCAGAGCUGCACAACACUCGUCUCCCUCCACUACUAGAGAAGGAGGACGACCCUGUCAUCACUCAGGAGGAAGUGGGCGCUCUCACUACCGCAAGGUCGUUCCUGUACCACCUGGACGGCAACUCUCUCCUCCUUACUCCAAUGGCCAACGCAGUCAAGCCACGCAUUGAUCAAGUUUCUGUUGGCUUCUCACACAUACUAGCCGUAACCGUGGAGAACACUGUAUUUAGUUGGGGCGCAGGUGGGCGUGGUCAACUGGGGCACGGUGACUCCGCUCCCCGUCCCUCGGCAGCUAUAGUGGAGGCACUAAAGGGUCGCACGAUAUCUCGUGUUGAAGCUGGAGGAGAGUUUAGCAUGUUUCUCAGUGAUAACGGGAUCAUCAUGUCGUGUGGGCGUGGUGACAAAGGUUGCCUAGGUAACAGCACAGGGACAACAGACGAUUGCCCCAGACCAAAACUCAUUGAAGAAUUACUCACUAUGGACAUGUCUGUUCUGUCAUGUGGGGGGUCUCAUGUGGUUGCCGUGACAACAGAGGGGGCGGUCUAUGUAUGGGGGGAGGGAUCUCACGGUAGACUGGGCACAGGGACUGAGGAGACAUGCUUCACGCCCACACAAAUCACAGUUCAAAGUGCAGGACGUCUAAGUGAGACCAUUACUGACGUGAGGUGUGGUCUGGAUGGUUCCAUGUUCCUCACUGCAAUGGGACGACUAUACGCUUGUGGGAACAACCAGUACAACAAGUUAUGCCUGAACAGACGUCAGACUUUCAUUGGUCAAAUGAGACGUAUUCUGAGCAAAACUCAACUCCAAGUGACCCACUGUCUUGUGCCCACCCCCCUUAAAGAUCUUGGCAAACAUCGCGUGGUUGACAUGGCGAUGGGCCCCACCCACUCGGCUGUAUUGGUUGACUCUGGACGAGUGUUCACUUUUGGACGAAAUGCAGAGGGUCAAUUAGGGGCGGGGCAUCUGACAGGAAGUGGCACACCCAUCAUGGUCAAGGGUCUCGGAGAUAAAGCGAUGUCCAUCUCGUGUAGUGAGCUAUCGACAAUAGUGGCCACUGAGAAUAACUCAUUUCUGGUGUGGGGGUCACGACCUUUAGCACAGUCUCCUCUCAUGGAGGUGCUUGGAGGUGGUAGCCAUGGAAACAUGGAUUUAACCAAUCAGAAUAAGAACGAGGACCCCACCAAAUCAUCUCCAGUGAAAGUUGACGAUGCUAGCAAGUCCUCGACAACAGAUGCGAGUACAAAACUACAUGACCAGAAAUCGUCCAAUGAGAAUUCACCUUCCAAAGAUACCGACCCUGAUCAAAUACGAUCGUCGUGGCAACAGCUGUUUGGGGAAAUCCCCCACUCUCUUAUUCCGGCCAAAGAAUCUGACGAAUAUACUCAGAAAAUAUACGAUCUUUUGCACGACAACUUGGAUGGUAGUCGUAACCGUGGCAAUACAAAAGGUGGACUGUCGAAGGACCCGGAUCCAUCCUCUGGAGGAGGUAUUCGCUCAGGCAAGCGAGCCACUAGCACCAGUAGCUCGGACAUGGUGUAUAACUCAGAGGGUGUGGUCUUGAAGCCCACCCCCCUUCACUUGGCAAGUGGUGACUUUGUCUCCUUUCCUCUGAGCGGCGUGCAUAACGCUCGUUUAGAGGGUGUGGCUUGUUUCGGAUGUAAUGUCAUUGCACUCAUCGAAGCUCAGAUAGCAGAUGAAGGGGAUUCCCCCAACACAUUGGUUGCUAGGAAACAAGAGACGAGUACAAGGACGUUGAGAAUCAGUAGAAAGAUAACAGAAAGACGACGACGUAAAGUUCCUAGUCCGCAUUUUCAAGUGCCGUCUCCGAUAGCUGUUCGUAAAAGUGGACCAUCAGAGUCGGGAGACCGGCUGAGGGUACCUCCACUACCCACACACCCCACACCGCCCACACCACCAAAGACACCUGAACCUGACUCUGACGAAGACUCUAGAGUACCCACAUGGGUGCUGAAGGAGAUGGACCUGGCCAAGAGACCGUCCAUAGCCUCUCAACUAUCCACUAUACAAAUGACCCCCCUCCCCAGACAAACAGACCCCCCACAGCUAUUACCCCCCAGACAAACUGACCCCCCACAGCUCCCCCCUCCAGUGAGGGCAUUCGCUGCAACACCGUCUGAACGAAAGGACGCGUUGCUAGGUAAACCAGACAAUAGUGAAUCUUCAUCUCCAUUUGCAAAACGACAGACUUCCCUGACAAAGGUCAAGGUGGAGCCCAUACGAAUGCCAGUGCGACUCCCUAGUGCCUCUUCUUUCAGCGAUCUCCCGAGGAAGAGUAACCAAGGCAACAGGCCACACCCACACACAAGUACGCUAUCGUUGAAGAAAGCUCACAGCAAUGCAGAUGUAGCGAGCUCCUCGCUCACAAAGCAAGGCUCUCAGCGCCAACUAUCCAACCCUGUUCAGGGGGGCGGGCCAAUACGAACCCCUAAUCAGUCUAGGCCACGCCCACCAUCCGUGUCUACUAGUCCGAGGAGUUCAGAGUCCAGCCCCACCCACCCCUCGUCUGCUUCAGAUGGAGAGUUACAGACAUCUCCAUCAGAUAAACCACCUAAGAAGACGUCCCAACUGACAGUGGUACAACGGCCCUCUGAUCCUAAGAAGACUGGUCAUAUCAGACCUGUUACCAUCACAUCACCUUACGCACAGGUGAAGCUUCCCGCUGUUAAGAAAGUGAGCAGUAAGGUGGACAAGCAACUCCCUCCUACCCCAGCAGCUAUCAGGCUAUCAUCUGAACGCAUUGAUGCUAAAGAGCCGGAAGUGGAGGUAGCAAAGGAAAAAGAAGGAAUGAAGAGCGAGAUUGAGCAACUGAAAUCACAACUGGAACAACAAAAUAAUGUACUACAAGAAAAUGCGGAUAUCAUGAAAAAACUACAGGCACAAGUAGAAGUGCUGAGUCAGCAGAAAGAGGAGGCUCCAUCCAUAUCCUCCACUCCACCACAACGUCAAAAACGGACAUUUAAGUUUGGUGGGCACGGCACACAAGAGGGGGAGGAGUCUAAUGGUAGCCAUGGCAAUGGAAAUGGAACUCGAAAUAAACGCUCGAAGUUUUGUUUAAUAUCGUGAACUGUUAAAUUAUAUUGUGCACGUGAUUUUCUGUGUAGAC